GCCCCUUCGGCCUGUGCUGUGGCCCGGACUCAGUCGCCCCACCGUACUUACCCCUGCCCUUUGGUCCUCCGCAGAGAUGCCACCCCCACCCCCGUAGGCCCGCGGGAUCAGGAGCUAUGGGGCCGGGGGCCCUUUCUCUACUGCUGCUGCUGCUCUCGGUGGCAAGUGGAGAUGCUGACAUGAAGGGACACUUUGACCCGGCCAAGUGCCGCUACGCCCUGGGGAUGCAGGACCGGACCAUCCCGGACAGCGACAUCUCUGCCUCCAGCUCCUGGUCGGACUCCACUGCUGCCCGCCACAGCAGGCUGGAGAGCAAUGACGGGGAUGGGGCGUGGUGCCCCGCUGGGUCGGUGUUCCCCAAGGAGGAGGAGUACCUGCAGGUGGAUCUACGGCGCCUGCACCUGGUGGCUCUGGUGGGCACCCAGGGGCGGCACGCUGGGGGCCUGGGCAAGGAGUUCUCCCGCAGCUACCGGCUGCGUUACUCCCGGGACGGCCACCGCUGGAUGGACUGGAGGGACCGCUGGGGUCAGGAGGUGAUCUCAGGUAAUGAGGACCCCGAGGGAGUAGUGCUAAAGGACCUCGGGCCCCCCAUGGUGGCCCGGCUGGUUCGCUUCUACCCCGGGGCCGACCGGGUAAUGAGCGUGUGCAUGCGGGUGGAGCUCUAUGGCUGUCUCUGGAGGGACGGACUCCUGUCUUACACGGCCCCUGUGGGGCAGACCAUGUACUUGUCUGAAGCCAUGCACCUCAACGACUCCACCUACGACGGACACACGGUGGGCGGGCUGCAGUAUGGUGGUCUGGGCCAGCUGGCAGAUGGCGUGGUAGGGCUGGAUGACUUCAGGAAGAGCCAGGAGCUGCGGGUCUGGCCAGGCUACGACUACGUGGGUUGGAGCAACCACAGCUUCCCCAGCGGCUACGUGGAGAUGGAGUUUGAGUUUGACCGGCUGCGAACGUUCCAGGCCAUGCAGGUCCACUGUAACAACAUGCACACGCUGGGAGCCCGCCUGCCUGGUGGGGUGGAGUGUCGGUUCAAGCGGGGCCCAGCCCUGGCCUGGGAAGGGGAGCCUGUGCGCCAUGCCCUGGGAGGCAGCCUGGGGGACCCCCGAGCCCGGACUGUCUCUGUGCCUCUGGGCGGCCGCGUGGGUCGCUUUCUGCAGUGUCGCUUCCUCUUUGCGGGACCUUGGCUACUCUUCAGUGAGGUUUCCUUCAUCGCAGAUGUGGUGAACGACACCUCUCAGGCUCCGGGGGGCACCUUCCCACCAGCCCCCUGGUGGCCUCCGGGCGCCCCGCCCACCAACUUCAGCAGCCUGGAGCUGGAGCCCCGGGGCCAGCAGCCCGUGGCCAAGGCCGAGGGCAGCCCGAUGGUCGGGCCUGGGCGGGGCCAGAGCUCGCCUGCAGGGGUGCAGGCCCAGGCCCCCUCUCCCCUUCCUCACAAGGCCGAGCGGCGCGUGCUGGAGGAGGAGCUGACGGUCCACCUCUCUGUCCCGGGGGACACCAUCCUCAUCAACAACCGCCCAGGGCUUCGAGAGCCACCACCUUACCAGGAGCCUCGGCCUCGUGGGAACCCGCCCCACUCUGCCCCCGGUGUCCCCAAUGGCUCUGCGUUGCUGCUCUCCAAUCCGGCCUACCGCCUCCUCCUGGCCACUUACGCCCGCCCCCCUCGAGGCCCGGGCCCCCCCACACCCGCCUGGGCCAAACCCACCAACACCCAGGCCUGCAGUGGGGACUAUAUGGAGCCUGAGAAGCCGGGGGCCCCGCUUCUGCCCCCGCCUCCCCAGAACAGCGUCCCCCAUUACGCCGAGGCUGACAUUGUCACCCUGCAGGGCGUCACUGGGGGCAACACCUACGCUGUGCCCGCGUUGCCCCCAGGGGCCGUCGGGGAUGGGCCCCCCAGAGUGGAUUUCCCUCGGUCGCGGCUCCGCUUCAAGGAGAAGCUUGGCGAAGGCCAGUUCGGGGAGGUGCACCUGUGUGAGGUCGAGGACCCUCAGGACCUCGUCAGCCUCGACUUCCCCCUGACCGUACGCAAGGGACACCCCUUACUGGUAGCUGUCAAGAUCCUACGGCCAGAUGCCACCAAGAAUGCCAGGAACGACUUCCUGAAGGAGGUGAAGAUCAUGUCGCGGCUCAAGGACCCCAACAUCAUCCGGCUCCUGGGCGUGUGCGUGCAGGACGACCCCCUCUGCAUGAUCACUGACUACAUGGAGAACGGCGACCUCAACCAGUUCCUGGGCGCCCACCAGCUGGAGGACAAGGCGGCCGCGGGCGCGCCCGGGGAUGGCGGGGCUGCCCAGGGGCCCACCAUCAGCUACCCGAUGCUGCUGCACGUGGCGGCCCAGAUCGCCUCGGGCAUGCGCUACCUGGCCACGCUCAACUUCGUGCAUCGGGACCUGGCUACGCGGAACUGCCUGGUUGGGGAGAAUUUCACCAUCAAAAUCGCUGACUUUGGCAUGAGCCGGAACCUCUACGCCGGGGACUACUACCGCGUGCAGGGCCGGGCGGUGCUGCCCAUCCGGUGGAUGGCCUGGGAAUGCAUCCUGAUGGGGAAGUUCACGACGGCCAGUGACGUGUGGGCCUUCGGGGUGACCCUCUGGGAGGUGCUGAUGCUCUGCAGGGCCCAGCCCUUCGGGCAGCUCACGGACGAGCAGGUCAUCGAGAACGCCGGGGAGUUCUUCAGGGACCAGGGCCGGCAGGUGUACCUGUCCCGGCCGCCCGCCUGCCCGCAGGGCCUGUACGAGCUGAUGCUUCGGUGCUGGAGCCGGGAGCCCGAGCAGCGACCACCCUUUGCUCAGCUGCACCGGUUCCUGGCAGAGGACGCGCUCAACACAGCGUGAACCCCAGCACCCAGCAGCCCACCACAGCGGGGGGGGAGCCAGCCACACGGAGCCUACAGGAGCUGGUCCCUCUCUUCACCUCAGAGAGGCAGCGGGGCUGCGGACCAGGUGGGCUGGGCCUGCCCGGGGAGCUGACGCCCUGUCCCCUCCACCGUCUCCCCAGAGGCCCUGCCGCCCCCCCAGCCAGCCCUGUGGAUGGCGUCCUCUCUGCCCUCCUCCGCCAUGCGGUGGGGAAGGCUGGGCACACAGGGCGGACACUGGACCUGGCCCGCUGGAGCGCUGGGCCCCGCCGGACAACACUGGUUCCUGGAGAGGGCUGUCUCCCCAGCCUCCCUCUCCCUGUCACACACUGGACCCCCCUGGCUGAGAAUGUGGGGGGUGAGAGGACAUGAACAGGAGGACGAGGUCCCCACGUGCCUGCUCCUGGAGUCGUCCUCAGCCUUGGCAUCCUCCUCCUCCGUCACCUGAAACACUGGACCUGGGGUGCCCCCUGCCCCCUCCUCCCUGCUGUGCUGUAGCUAGCGCUUCUCCAAGCCUGGAUGUUUUUGUGGAGUAGAUACUGGGGUGAGGGGGCAGAGGGAGCAGCGGCCUGUGGGCGGGGGGCGGACAUCUCCAUUGUAGCUGCCACGUUGGUUUUUCUAUAAUCACUCGGGGUUUGUACAUUUCUGGGGGGAGAGACACAGAUUUUUACACUAAUAUAUGGAUCUAGCUUGAGGCAAGUUUAAUCCCCUGCUCUAGGCAGGAAAUAAUAAAGGUUGAGUUUUCCACA